AUGGGAGAGAGACAGGAGUUGCCACCAUGCCACAGCUGGUCCUGCAGUGACAGUGGAGGGCCCAGAAGCAGUGGCCCAGAUGGCCCGGUGUCCGCAGGCCCGGCCUCUGAGUGCAGCCUGGAGGAGGCAGCAGCGCUCACAGCGAUGGGAAGUUUGGACGCCUCUCCCAUUUCAGUGGAACUGGAGCACGUGGUGAAUAAUGGAUCAGGUGUCCCUGGCCCUCCAGGGGGGGACACAAAAGAAGCAUUGGCUCACAGAAAACUCAGCGCGCCACGCUUCACCUCCUUCCUAUCACUCUCGGGCAGCGUGGUCAGCAGAGAGCCAACGCGUGGGGUCCUUAGCCAUGCUCCUUCUCGCUUCAUACACAGCUCUUACCAAGCCAAGACUAGCAUGCAAGGUGAUGUCUACAAUUUCCUAGAGAGACCUGCAGGCCUCAAAUGCUUCCUCUACCACUUCCUAGUGUUCCUCAUGGUCCUAAUAUGUCUCAUCUUCAGUGUACUUUCCACCAUCGAGCAGUAUGCAGACUUUGCCACUGGAAUGCUGUUCUGGAUGGAGAUUGUACUGGUGGUGUUUUUCGGUGCAGAGUAUGUGGUGCGUCUUUGGGCAGCAGGCUGCAGGAGCAAGUAUGUGGGCGUCAAAGGCAGGCUUCGCUUUAUCAGAAAGCCCAUUUCUAUCAUAGAUUUGAUAGUAGUGGUUGCAUCGGUUGUAGUGCUAAGUGUGGGAUCAAAUGGACAGGUUUUCGCCACCUCUGCCAUCAGGGGAAUCCGCUUCCUUCAGAUAUUGCGUAUGCUGCAUGUGGAUCGGCAGGGAGGCACAUGGAGACUUCUUGGGUCUGUAGUCUUUAUUCAUCGACAGGAGCUGUUAACAACACUAUAUAUUGGGUUUCUUGGUCUGAUCUUCUCCUCGUAUUUUGUGUAUCUGGCGGAGAAAGAUGCAGUAGACGAGGAGGGGAAAACAGACUUCUCAAACUAUGCUGAUGCACUGUGGUGGGGUGUUGUCACUGUGACUACAAUAGGUUAUGGAGACAAAGUCCCUCAGACCUGGAUAGGGAAGGCAAUUGCCUCCUGUUUUAGUGUGUUUGCUAUCUCCUUCUUUGCUCUGCCAGCGGGUAUUUUGGGUUCAGGCUUUGCUCUGAAAGUACAGCAGAAACAGAGACAGAAACACUUCAAUCGCCAAAUCCCAGCAGCUGCCUCACUAAUCCAGACACUGUGGCGAUGUUAUGCUUGUGAGAAACCUGGUGGCUGUCCAGCAACCUGGAAGAUGUACGUGCUGACAGGUGACUUCAUCCCAGGAGUAAACUCUGACAACUCCAGUCCCGGAAACUUCAGAAAACUGAGCAAGAGGUACAGACGAAGGCUGAAAUCCAUGCGUGAUAAUGGCUCCUUGGGAAGCGCAGGAGAGAAGUCCCUGUCUAUCCCACAGAUAACCUACGACCAUAUAGAUGACAAGGAAGAUAAGCGGGAGGAGCCUUUGCUCAACGAGGAACCCUCAGGUACACUUGCAGGUAUCACAAACAUUUUCAGACAGACAGGUAACCCACACUCAUGGUCCUCUUUCACUCUUAGCCAUCCUGCUUCUCCAGUUAAGAAACAGCUGGAUGAACCUCCUGACAUCUCACGCACCAGCAGCCUAGUGGAUGGCAUUGACUUCACCAGUGAAUAUGUCGCACUCCGCGUGGGUACCGAUGCUUCACAGCUUUCGCAUGCACACAGAUCUGCAGUCAAGGUCAUAAGGAGGAUGCAGUACUUUGUAGCCAGAAGAAAAUUUCAGCAAGCGAGGAAGCCAUACGACGUGCGGGAUGUGAUCGAGCAAUAUUCCCAGGGCCACCUCAACAUGAUGGUGCGCAUAAAGGAGUUACAGAGACGGUUGGAUCACACAUUGGGAAAGCCGGGAAUGUUUCUGCCAGAAAAAGGUGUAGAUAAGGAAUACCACACUGUCGGAGCCAGGCUGAUCAGACUGGAGGAUAAGGUGCUCCAGAUAGACCAGAAGGUGGAGAGCAUCCUGAACAUCUUGUUGGAGCAGUUCCAGCCCAAACCAGAGCUUCUUCCAAAACCAAGCCAAAGUAGUGCUAGCUCCAGUGUAACAGCCAUGAAACGGCUGGGCAGCUUUGCGGAUGAGAGCCAGUGACACAGCCAGUCACACGAGACCAGACUAGGAGACGUCAUUCAAGGGAGAUGAGUACUCAAGGAGGGAGAGAAUUAGUGUAAGAAGAGCCAGGUCUUCCCUCCUUUUAUGCUCCUCAUUUCAUCAUUUACUUUGAAGACUACCACAAGUCUUCAGAUCACUGGGAAAAAUCGGUGAGAGAAAUUGAAAUCUAUGAUUGAAUGACUACCAAUUCUGUACAGUUUUAUAAGUCAUGUAUAUAUUGUAGAACUGCCGUAUAUUUAUCAUGCUGAAUAAAUUAUUUGGAAUGACUCUUCCAGGAUCCAGUGACAUCUGACACCAACCAUUUUAUAAUAUUAUUAUUCAUUAUCUUGACU